CUUAAGAUGUAUUUCCAGAAAUUCCUGUUAUUGAUUAUUAUAUAAUCAGAUUUCAGCAAGAAAGCAUUGUCUUUGUUACCCUGACCUUCCUAGAUCGAUAGUAUUUCACGAUUUCCCAUCUAUUAUCGAUCGUUGUCAGCAUCAUUCGCAUGCGCAUUCCAUUUGUCACCUUUUCGUUAAAGCCGUGAGCGCAAUCAUUUCUAUACAACUUUGUUAUUCCUGGAUUCCUUACAUCUUAAUACUUUAUCCAUCGUAUUUAGUUAGUAAACGGUGCGAUAGUCGAACAAAGUCGCCUGUCAACUUAAUGCAGGCUCCGUCUAGACUUGCUGCAAUGCGGUGUGGUGUGUCAUCCCUCCACCCUUAUGUGAGGAGAGUUGCUUUACUUUCGAUGUGAAAGUGUUUCGUCAAUCGUUUUAUUUGUAUUUUGUCAUAAUUACUUGUAAAAGAAACAUUUAAAUAAAGAAUCCAGUUCCUAUGAGGAUGUCUGAAGCUAUUAAAUCCUAUAGAUUGAAGAAAAUUGAAUCAAUAGGCAAAAUGACUCAAAUGACUCAAGAAGAAAUUAUUACCAAUACUAAAACUGUUAUCCAGGGAUUAGAAGCUCUAAAAAAUGAGCAUCUUUCUAUUCUUAACGGACUUCUCUCUUCUUUAAAAGCUGUUCAACAAGAAAAAGGAGAUAGCAACUUGAUGGAAGAGAAAUCAUCUCUCAUUAAAAAACAUUUGGAUUCCAUUGAACUUGGCUUGGGUGAAGCUCAGGUAAUGGUGGCUUUAGCUGGUCAUUUACAGACUGUCGAAGCAGAAAAACAAAAAUUAAGAGCCCAAGUGCGAAGGCUUUGUCAAGAGAAUGCAUGGUUAAGAGAUGAAUUAGCAAAUACUCAGCAAAAAUUACAAGCAUCUGAACAAACAGUGGCCCAAUUAGAAGAGGAAAAGAAACAAUUAGAAUUUAUGAAUUCUCUGAAAAAAUAUGACAACAGUGAAUCUAUGACAGAAGAAUCAAUAGUAGAAAAGAAAUCAGAUGUUGAGCAGCCACUGGAUCUUGGUUUUCCUGAUGAUGACGACGAUGGUACACAACAAGAGGCAUUGUCUCCAACACCUCCUGGACAAAUGGCAGCAGCUGCUAAUGCUGGAUAUGAAAUUCCUGCACGACUUCGGACUCUACAUAAUCUUGUAAUACAGUAUGCAUCUCAAGGACGAUAUGAAGUUGCAGUACCAUUGUGCAAACAAGCUUUAGAAGAUUUGGAAAAAACAAGUGGGCAUGAUCAUCCUGAUGUUGCAACUAUGUUAAAUAUUCUAGCACUUGUUUAUAGAGAUCAGAAUAAAUAUAAAGAGGCAGCAAAUCUGUUGAAUGAUGCACUCGCUAUUCGUGAAAAAACAUUAGGGGAGAAUCAUCCAGCGGUUGCUGCCACUUUAAAUAAUCUAGCUGUACUCUAUGGAAAGAGGGGAAAAUAUAAAGAAGCUGAACCCCUUUGUAAACGUGCAUUAGAAAUUCGUGAAAAGGUUUUGGGUAAGAAUCAUCCUGAUGUAGCUAAACAACUUAAUAAUUUAGCAUUACUUUGUCAAAAUCAGGGAAAAUAUGAAGAAGUUGAACGUUAUUAUCAAAGAGCUCUAGAAAUAUAUGAAAAAACACUUGGUCCUGAUGAUCCAAAUGUUGCAAAAACAAAAAAUAAUUUGUCACAUCCAACUAUGCAUGAAAACAAACCAAUAUGGCAAGUAGCAGAAGAAAGAGAAGAAAAUAAAAACAAACAUAAAGAAAAUGCUCCUUAUGGUGAAUAUGGUGGAUGGCAUAAAGCUGCUAAAGUUGAUAGUCCCACAGUAGCAACUACUUUGAAGAAUCUUGGUGCAUUAUAUAGGAGACAAGGAAAAUAUGAAGCAGCUGAAACAUUAGAAGAUUGUGCUUUAAGAGCAAGAAGAGAAGUAAGAGCUCUUCAUUCAGUCACAUCCAACUAUGCAUGGCACAAAAAUGACUUCACUGAUCUUUUCAAAACUGUACCUAUAACAAGGCUAGACAAUAGGAGACAAGGAAAAUAUGAAGCAGCUGAAACAUUAGAAGAUUGUGCUUUAAGAGCAAGAAGAGAAGCUCUUGAAGGUGUUAGGCAAGUGAAAGCAAAUCAAUAUCUAGGAACAGAACUGACUGCUAUUCAAAGGGAAAAAAGACAUCCUACAUCAAAAGAAAGUAGUCGCAGAGGUUCUCGUGAAUCUUUAGAUAGUGUUUGUUAUGAAAGAAAUAUGGAUGUUAGUGAUGAUCCUACAUCUGCCAUAGCAAUUACACAGAGAACUGAAAACAGUGGUCAUCAGACAGAUACUGAACAAGCAGGAAAUCAAGCACAAGGGACAGGUCUUAAAUCUAAGUUGUUUCAUGCAUUUGGAUUUCAUUCAUAAUAAGAUCUAUUCAAUGACAUUAAUUCUCUAAUAUUUUGUUUUAGAAGCACUUUUGUUGAAAUUUGUUGUUGCUUCUUUAUGUACUUGAUAUAGUUUUCAAAUGAACCAAAGAACCACCAACAUAUGUCAACUCUUAAAAAAUAUUUAAUUUAUCCUUGUUUGUGAUGGAUAAACUGUGAUAUUAAUGUCACAAUAGUGUGAUACCUAAAGCAGGCUUUAUUUGUAACUUUUCUUAUUUCAGUAUAUAUUUAUAUUUUGAAUAUUGCAAGUAUUCUAAAUUUUAUGGAGCGCAAAUAUAUAUUGUACUUAACAGCUUAUACCAUCACAUAAAUUUGUAAAAAUGAAUUAUGACAGUAUUUCAAAUGAAAACUAUGCUUUCUAAAAA